AUGACCGCUACACCCGCCUUCAACCCUCCGGCCGCCGACCUCCCAGGCAAGCCCUACGUCCGCCCUUGGGUGCCUCCCCCUGUCACCAACGAGAAGCACAAUUUUGCCGAUCUCCACGCCAUUGACCUUUCGCUGAUGGACUCGUCUGAUCCCAACGUCGUCGCCCGGCUUGUGGACACUGUCAAGCAGGCCAUUCGUGACGAUGGUUUCCUGUUCCUUGAGAACUAUGGCAUCUCCCUUGAACAGGCACGUUUAUCACUCCCUUACAUGUACGACAACAUUAGCGAAGAGGACAAGGAACGCCUUCUCUUCCACCCCGACACUGGCCGCUGGGCCGGAUACAAGCACCCGUUCGGGUUUAAGUUCAACUGGUACACGAGGGAAUGGAACAACCUCCAGUAUGUGCCUACCUGCCUUCACCCCUUCAUGGACGAAAUCACAGCCUUUGCCGACUACCUGACGGGGUCUGUCAAUCGCCGCCUGCUCUGCCUCUUCUCUCGUGUCCUCGAGCUUCCGGACGACUACCUCUGGAAGCACGUUCAGAGUCACGGCAGCCCGAGCGGUGAGGGCUACUUCCGACACGCCCUGUUCCGUCCAGUCAAGCAAGAGACCGUUAAACAGUCCCAAGGUCUGCGUAUGCAUGGCCACACCGACUUUGGAACUACCACCCUGCUCUUCUCGGUACCCGUGUCGUGUCUCCAGAUCUGGGGCGAUGACGAGACGUGGCACUACGUUCCUUACAAGCCUGGAGCCCUCGUUAUCAACAUUGGCGAGACGCUGGAGAUUGUGUCGGGUGGGCACUUUAAGGCCACUCGUCACCGCGUCUACAAGCCCCCUGCCGACCAGGCGGAGCUUGAGCGUCUCUCGCUCGUCCUGUUCAACAGCAGUCUUGGUGAUCUUCAGAUGACACCCGCCAUCGAAUCUCCUCUGAUCCAGCGUGAGGGAUGCGUCGAGUACCAGGGCGUGUACAAGGAGUUUAAGAAAGUCAUGGACAGCGGCCUGAGCCCGCCGACAAACAAGGAAUGGCGCGAGAUUCAAAUUGCCAACGCCACGGACCCAACCGACACUGUGCGCAACCGUAUUGGUGCCGACCAAGUGCUUAUCGGUGGCAAACUCAUGAACCAGCGCGACUUUAUGGGUGUCAAGGUUGUCCUGCCCGUGUAA